AUGUCCAGCUUCAGCUCCGUCGUCCGUAAGCCAGGGCAGAAGAUCACCCCCAAAACCGCGCCGAGGCGAAAUGUGCAGAGGCAUCCGGUGCGACCUGCGGCUCCCCCGUCAUCGACAACAGAAAGUCAUAAUGUGACGGAGAGCCCGACUGCGGCCGAGGACCAGACUGUGACUGAAAGCCAGACCAUAACCCCUUCUGUUGACCAUGUUGAAGGGAGUAGCGAAGGUCAAGGAGUAGUCCAGGAGCACUCGAUUCUUGAGUCAACUGAAACCCCCCCACGCUCAGAGCCUUUCGAGAUAUCUCUGCCAGCCCCAGCUCCCCUCGAGACCGCUGCUAGAGCUUCUCCAGACGUGCCGACAGACACAACUGCUCCAGACAUAGUCUCAAUUACAGUUGCGCCGGAGCCUAUUGAAGUCAUUGCUCCUAGUAGCGCAAAUUACGAUGUUACAGUCACUCAUAUGAAUACAAGUCCUGACCGAGCUGGUACCAUUCCUACAAUCGCAACUUCUAGUACUUCUCCCGCACCAAAAGGCCGUCUUACGAAUGAAUCUACACCAGCACAACCGGAGGCUACCACACAAUGGGUGGAAGGCGCGGCUGGGGCAUCAGAACCGCGGCCUGAACGAUCGAGCAAAAGGCAAAAGACCACACACCCAAGUCAGGAUACCGGCGAGGUGCAACCCAGAGCCACCCCGACACCGACUGAUGACACACAUCUUAUAUUCAGAAGUAGUCCGCGACACCGACGAAGCGAAUCAAGGACGUCCGACGUGUUGUUGCAAGAUGCGACCAGUCAGGCCGCGGCAGUUUCGGAACUUGCAAACUCGAUUGAGAACAGAAUACGGUCUCUCAAACCUCGGUCCGCACGUCCCGCAGCGUCGUCGACUGUGGAAACAGAGUCUCCAGAUCAAGAGGUGAGCGAAGCAGAUGUGUCCGAAGCGCCUAGACCCAACAAAUCUCGGAAAAAGAAGCAACGGGCAAAAGCAAUCCAAGACCUUGCGCGUCAAGUGAUUGAAAACGCUGUCGGCACUGCCGCUGGAAGCGGCGGCGGAAGCAACCGUUCCCUGUCACGGCUCUCUACGCCGGAAAAUGCCGAAGAUUACCAGAUUGACCCUGACGAAAUCUCCAUGGGGGCUCUCGUGAGCGACAGCAAGCUAGGGAAGAAGUCCGAAACGGAAAAGAAAAUGCAGCAGAACUGGGAAGACAUCAAACAACGAAGAAAAGAAGAGAUUGAACGACGAAGAGAGGCUGCCGCGCAGAGAAAACAUGGGAGACAAGCUUUGACCUUGAAUCAGGACCUUUCUGUUGAGGAGACCCAGGCACAUGUUCCCCAGCAAAUCAUUGUUAAUGGACAGAUCGUUGUAGCAGCCGAGUCUCGAGAAGUAGUUUUCGGGGCGGGUGUGCACCAGGCCGUUAUUGAAGACGCAGAUGUCGCACUUGAAGAUGACCGCAUCUACAAAUAUGUUCACCAAGGAACUCUGGGAAAACACGCGGGUCAACGGCGUGGUACUCGCUGGGACAUUCAGCAAACGGAACUAUUUUACAGGGGCUUACGCAUGUUCGGGACAGAUUUCAGCAUGAUCGCGAACCUUUUCCCAUCGCUGGAUCGAAAACAAAUCAAACUCAAGUUCCUCGCUGAAGAGCGAGCGCACCCGGCUCGGGUCAAACGUUCUGUAGCGGCAAAGGAGCCGGUGAGUAUAGACGAAUACUCGAGAAUGACGAACCAGCACCUCGAGGAUCCAGUUGCUCUUCAAGCAGAGCUGGACGCUGAAGAGAAAAGAUUGCGGGAGGAUGACGAACGAAGACGUACGAACGAGGGAUACGUUCUUGAUGGGGCUGAUAUUGCCCUACCCUCCACAGAAAGGGAUGUUGAUCUACCCGAAGAUAUUGUGGGCGACAGUACAGGCGCGAAUACGGGAUCCCUUGCCCAUCCAGGGGUUACGGGUCGCCCAGAGCACAUCACAGCCUUAGCCCGGGGCAGUGUCACAACAGCAGCGGCGCCUGCGAGGAAGUCAACCCAGCCACGCAGGAAGGAGCCUGUUGGGCGGGGGAGACAAGCGAAGAAAGGAAGAAUACCCAUGGAGGGUGUUGAAGAGAGGCUCGGGCCUAUUGACGAGAUCUAUGAAUAG